AUGAAAAUUAGCAUCGGGAAUGGGUUCUUAGUGAAGGCUAGCAGUGACUUCAGAGAUUCCUUCCCGAGCAAUGAAAAGGAACAAGAUUCUACCAUGAUAAUCAAUAUUAUGAUGAAGGAUUUGUUGAAAAUCCUGAUCGUUUUUGAAAGGAGCGGAUGCAACUUGUCGAGUUUACUUUUUGACGGAUCGCAAGAUGCUGAUGAGUAUUUUCAAUUUUUUACUCAUCAGAUGGUUGAAAUCAUGGACCCACAUGACACAAUGUCAACAUUCCAAAGUAUUUAUGAUACAUUGAAAGAUCCUCGCCUUAAACAAUAUUCUAGUCUUUUGAAAAAAGUAUUAUUAUCCCUCAAGCCGAGUGACAUUUCAGAUGCAAAAAACUCACAAUUUGUGAGAAUGCUGACCUUGUGUAAAGAGCUUCCCAGUGUAGUCACUUUGCUAUUUGAUAUUAUUCAAAAAAAGGAAAAUGCUAUUCCAUUAGAUAUUUUAGCCUUGUUAGACCAGUGUGGAUUCCUUUGGGGCCAAUCUCGAUCUUACAUGGACUACAGCUUGUUCAUAAUCAGACAAUUAAGAUUAUUACUGAAAUUUGAACACACUUACAAACGAUCCUAUUCAAAAGACAAAGACAGCUCUUUAAUUCCUUGUGAACACCUUUUAGAACAAGGCAUUCAAGAAAAACUAUCCAAAUUUUUCGGAAUACAUCACUGCUUGUGGGUGACAGGUCUCUAUUCGAGUACAUCUCUUCCAUUAUCAAGUGGUGGCGUAAGCAUUUCCAUUGAAAAUUUUGGAGUUUUUAUCCAACUACACACUCUCUUGAAACACAAACCAAAAUAUUACUCUCUGAAUAGAGAAGAAUUAAUAUUACAUGAGUUGAUUCAUGCUUGUAGAGAAAAUAUUCAGUCCACACGAUUUGAAGAAGAAUUUGCUUACUCACUCUCACCCAGUUUUCUUCGAAAAUUGCUUGCACCAAUAACGAGAGGAACCAAAGAAUCCUUAUUAUUUUACGUCCUCUCUAUUGUGAGCGUUGCAUCAGAUUUACCUAAUUUUCCAAGAUGGUUUUCUCUCUCGUCUAAAUUACCCUUUCUAUGGAUCAUACUCUUUGGAGUGAUUCGAUUAGUGAAAACGAAGAGAAUUCUAGCUCAUGCCCGAGAAUUCAUUUCAAGAGCGCUUUCCACACAACAACCAAACACCAUCUCAUGUCUAUUACUUCGAAUAACAGAUGAAGAAAUUGAACACUUUUCGCAUUUAAUGAGACAAGUACAACACAGCAGCAAGGAAUCUCACCUCAAAAUAUUCCAUGAAAUCGUUCAACACUACAUUUGUGAUGAAAGUGAUUUCUCUCGAAACAUGAGAUGGAAAGUCAUACAGCACAUGUUCCUACGCAAUCACUUCAGAACAUCAAAGUUGUAA